GCCUGCCGUGUACCAAGUUCAAACAAACUAAAUACGCACUAAAAUUCCACCAAAUUUGGCCGGGACCAGUGGUUGUCUCGCUCGCUCUCGAGGCGACCUUCUCGGUGUGUUGCGUUUCUGGUGCGUAGACGCACGUUGCCGAAAAACACAACCGUACAAAACACAUCUAUGAGCUCGUGCUGCCUCGUAGUGCUAGAGCAGAACAACCACCAACGUCCCGUCCCGCUCGCACCACCCUACACCCUGGGUUGAUGUUGUUUUUCGGAUAGUGGAGCAUAAACAUUAGAAACGGAACGCAGCAUAGACCAGUCAGUCCUUCGGAAGUACGGAAAACGUGAAAACGCGGGGCAGCCAGUGCGUGAGCGCGUGCGUUCUUCGAAAUACUCUAAUCGAGUUCAACUCCACACUGACUGCGUUGGUUGGUCGGUUCACUGAACGGGCAGGCAGAAGACCCUCAUUUGUAUCGGUUCGGUAGUGCAAUGCGAGAAAUUUGACCGAGAGGGGAUCGCUCCACAACCGAAUAUAAUCAAAAUUGGAAGCCCACUUUAAGAUACACGGUUUUUGGGUGCAUUCGUUUUGAGCGCGAUGGAUUUUCUAUGGCUGCAGCACCCGUAUUGCGUUGUUGUUGUUGCUGCUGUGACUUUUGGAAGUGAUUCGUUUGGUGGAAUUUGAAAUUGUCGCGAUGGAUGUGAAACUUGGUUUUUGAAACGGUGAAAUGCUGAAAUAAGAUACACACAAUCAGUGCUUGACGUGACAAAGGUGAAGAAAUCAACAUUAGAUAACAAGGCAUAGCAGCAAUGGCCAAGGAUUCGACGUCGAUCCCAAGUGAGGAUUUCAACCCACCCAUUCCGAGUGGUUCCAGUGGCGGUGCUUUUGAGACUGAAGACGGGAAGACGCAACCGAGGCGAGGACUGUGCAAGUGGUUCAACGUGAUCAAGGGAUGGGGUUUCAUUACGCCGGAUGACGGUGGACAGGAUGUGUUUGUUCAUCAGAGUGUUCUUCAGAUGGAGGGGUUUCGAUCGCUGGGGCAAAACGAGCCGGUGGAGUUCGAAGCCAAACUGACUGAUAAGGGGUACGAAGCGACCAAGGUGUACGGGCCGUCACAGAGUCAGUGCAAAGGGAGCGAGUUCAGGCCGCGAGCUAAGCGGAAGUACCGGAAGAUGAGAUGCUACAACUGUGGAGAGUUUGCAAACCAUAUUGCUCAAAUGUGCGCCUUAGGUCCCCUGCCGAAACGGUGUCAUCAUUGCAAAGGCGAGGAUCACUUAGUAGCGGACUGCCCGAAUAAACCUGUGACGUAACAGCAGUUGUACCAAACACUGACGGCGCCAACAGGAUAACGAAAUGAGGCAAACGGAAGCAAUAAGGAUAACGAACGAAACGAAGAACUUAAGCGUUUUUCCCUAAAACGCUUACCGGUUUGCGCCAUCGCUACAAUCAACCCACCAUCUACCUCAUCAACAGUACACUACGCAUAAGCAAACGUUACCGCAGCAGUACAAACGAAAACCAACGAUUCCUCAUGAAGAAGAAAUAUUACCAUACUUUCACCUCGGAAAAAAAGAAAAAAAAAUGUUCCAUACCAUGUAGAACGCAAGCUAGGACUAAGGGCAGUAUAAACGAGUAGGCUCGUACCAACACUGACUAGAGAGAGGGCUGUUGUCCUUUUUUGACCCACCCUUUUCUCGCGUGUCUUCUUCGCCAAAUGACUUUUUUUUGUAGUUUGUACAAACCCAUCAUACGUAUAGGAUAAUGUUAAGGCACCAUCGGCGGCGCGCGUGUGGAGUUUAUUCCAAUAUUAGAUGUAGAUUGUGUGAAGUGGAUUUGUACUCAACCAGGGAGGAUAAUUGAGUGGGAUGCGAGUGAGAGUGAGUGCGUUCGUGUAAAUACAGUAUGUGCAAUCAAUGCAAGUUUAAGCGAGAAGAAACAAUAGAAACCGUUAUCGCACAGCGGUUAAAAUCAGAUCAUAUACAUUCACCCUUUUUUAUUUAUGAUGGAUUGAGUUUGGAAACAUUCAUAUCGAAGCAUUCUGAGAGAAAUGAAAUAUAAAAUCCUGUAAUUGCCCACCCUUCAUCGAAAGUUACUAGAACAUACAUUCUGGUAAGGUUUAAUUUGCUACCAUAGGAGCGUACCUUUUUUCGUAGUCACUAUUUAGCUAAGAAGCGGAGAGUUUGAUUUAAUAAAAAUUUUAUUAGCUUUAUUCGUUUUCGGGAAGUAGAAGACUUUUAUUUGAUGACAAUCCAUUUAUACGCGUUGAUCCAUUGCUUAUAGUUUCUUUGAAUAUCGAAAUGUGCCAUUGCUUUUCAAUAGACCUUGUUAUGUGUAUCGAUAGUUCAUUAUUCAUAACCACUUAUCACUUUCUUUGAAUUAUGUUUCCAGACACCAGAUACAUAUAAAUUUGCCACCCCAAAUAGGACGUAGUAUCAUUUCAGCAGUCUCUUCAAUUUAUCAUAACGCAAUGGCCAUCCAUCUAUAAUGCCUCCAUCCAAUAAUACAUCUUUCCAUACAGGAACUCCUUCCACAGUCCGAAUAACUAAGGCCUUCUCUUCAAGUGGAAAUUGAUGAUGUUCUACAUGUAGUAUCCGGUGAAUAAGUAACAUCUAAUUUAGAGCACAAGGAAUAUCAACGCGUACUGGUUACUUAUAUGGCAUCAACCCAAAAACUAUCAUGCGUCUCCAUUUGCUUUCAUUGUUGCUGCUGUGAAUAGUUCCAUGCAUUCUCCAGGU